AUGGGCGUAAAGUUAUAGCAUUGAAAAUAUUGAAUUCUAAUUAAACAAAAGAAAACAAAGAAAUAUGGAGUUUACUAUGAGGCAAGAGGCUUUAGUUAAUAGCUCAUGGGAAGCAUUCAAUCAAAAUCUUCCUCUCUUCAGCGUUUUGUUCUACACCUUUAUGUUGGAGAAAGCACCUGCUGCCAAAAACAUGUUUUCUGUUCUAAAAGACGACAAUGAAGUACCUCUGGCCAACCCUAGUAUCAAUGCUCAUACUGAAAUGGUUUUUGGAAUGGUGCGUGAUGCAGCCACUCAACUCCAAACAACUGGACAAGUAGUAUUGGGAGAUGCUACAAUGGGAGUUGUUCACACUCAAAAAAGAGUUCACGGCCUCCAUUUUAUGGUUGUGAAAGAAGCAUUGCUAAAAACAAUAAAAGAAGCUGUUGGGGAUAAAUGGAGCGAGGAGUUAAGUAAUGCUUGGGAAAUUGCUUAUGAUGGAUUGGCAGUUGCAAUUAUGAAGGAAAUGAGUUGAACAUUAGAUCUAUUACUUAUAUAAGUAAGAUCGAUAAAUAAAAUUUAUUUUCCUAAAACUUUAAUUAAGUUUUUUUAAUAAAUGUUGUUGAAACUAAUUUGUUAAGAACCUUUGAGGUAUACCCUCAAUAUGUUUGUAUAAUAAGUUAUUUUAAAUUUGCAUUUGAAUUAUUAUUUCAA